AGAGUCUCGAGCAAUCGUUCAGGAUGCUGAUGAAGGUGGUGGCAGGGAUCUCGGCCGCAACUACGGUACUUCGUGCCGACAGCGAACUGCAAUAACAGUCACGGAGAGCGAAUCCGAUCAAUAUGGUCUAUAUAAGUGAUGAGGUACAGAAGGAAUAACACCAUGGAAGACGGGGGCAGUGAAAUAGCUCAACCCGGCGAGAUUCCGGCAAUCAUCCUUACAAAUCCCCCUUGUUGCCAACAAUACCACCCCAGUCAUCAGUAAAAUGACUUCCCUAGGGUCAAAGCUGCGGUUCUUAACAGUGGCCGGAAUCGGCUUCUUUUCAGAUGGUUAUCUGAACUUGGCCAUCGGUCUUGUCGUGCCAAUUCUGGGGUAUUUAUACUUUGAAAAUGACAAGAACACGGUCCCGACGGUUGAUAGCGAUGUCAUCAAAGGUUGUCUCAGCUUGGGUAUGAUUGUCGGUCAAUUGGCAUUCGGAACUCUGGGCGAUGCAUGGGGUCGUCACACCAUCUAUGGCAAAGAACUUAUUCUCACAAUGUUCGGAACCUUAAUGGUAGUCUUGCUCCCGUGGAAGAACUUUACUCCAACUGCGGUUACUGCUUGGGUUUCCGUAUUUCGGGUUGUGACGGGUUUUGGCAUUGGAGCUGAUUAUCCCAUGUCGGGUUCUCUUUCGGCAGAAAAGAGUCCAUUUGGUUCCCGGGCUAAGCAAGUCCUGACGGUCUUUUCAAAUAUUGGUCUAGGAAACUGCACUGCUAGCGUAGUAUUUCUGGUGCUGUUGAAAGCAUUUGAGGGUUCAGUGGCUACUAGUGAAAGGCAUUUGGAGUGGGUGUGGCGACUUCUACUAGGUCUCGGUAUCAUUCCGGCUGCAUUGACGUUGUAUGCCAGACUCACAAUGGCAGAAACUAUUCCAUACCAGAAAUAUGUUUCAAACAGCGCAGCUGGACACAAACGCGGUCUAAAGGAACAGUGGAAAGACUUUCGUAUCUAUUUCAGUGAGUGGAAGCACGCGAAAGUUCUGUUUGCUACAGCAGCAUCCUGGUUUCUCUUUGAUAUCGCCUUCUACGGUAUAAACCUCAAUCAAAGUGUCGUUUUAUCCAAAAUCGGAUAUGCCAAGGGAGCCACUCACUGGGAGACCUUGUAUAAAACUGCUGUUGGCAAUCUCAUUGUUCAAUGUGCUGGCUACCUCCCAGGAUUCUAUGUUGGCAUCUUUCUUCCUGACAAAAUCGGACGUGUUCGCCAGCAAUUCUAUUCUUGCCUUACCGUCUGCAUUCUCUACGCAAUCUGGGCGGGAAUAAGCUCCCCAGGCGUACAUACGUCCACUGCAGGUUUAAUGGUGAUAUUCGCCAUUUCUCAAUUCGUUCUCAACGUCGGCCCUAAUUGUACAACCUUCCUUAUUCCCGCCGAGGUCUUCCCCACGCGUGUUCGCGGAAUGUCUCAUGGAAUAUCGGCAGCUGCUGGAAAAUGUGGUGCUGUCCUUACGGCUUUUGCAUUUGGAUCUGUACAGAAUGCGAUUGGCUUAGACGGUGUUUUAGGACUAUUUUCAGGGGUGAUGCUUUUAACCGCACUCGUGACGCUGCUGAUACCAGAGACCAAGGGACGAACAUUGGAGGAUAUCGAAAACGACAUCAUUUAUGCGAAACCUUUAUCUAAUGGAGGUGACUCGUCUGGUGGAAGUGUGACCAAAGUCAACGCUAGUACUAAAACUGCUGAUGAUGUAUAGUGAGGCUUCAUUAUUGAUAUUAUGUUUAAUAGAACUCCAUGGAUUUAUCAGGUAUAAUUCAAGCAAUAUAUUUUCUUG